AUGGCCUUCCAAACAGCAAAGCGGGAUCUGCGCAAGCGGAUGCGCGGGGUCUUUGAGAAUCUCUCAUCGGCUUCCAUUAUCCAGCAAUCGAUCUCCGCCACAACCAGGUUUCUAUCCCUGGCCGAGUAUCAAAAUGCAAAGAGUAUAGCCGUUUAUCUGUCCAUGCCGGCCGGUGAACUAUCGACCCGCAAUAUCGUUCAAGAUGCUUUACAGAGCGGGAAGAACGUAUACAUCCCAUACAUCCACAAAGUCGACCAACUGUCGAUCAUGGAUAUGCUAGCUCUGAACUCCAUGGCCGAGUUUGAAUCUCUCCAGCCCGACAAAUGGGGUAUUCCCACGCUACAGUCUACGCAAGUACCUGGGCGCCGCAAUUGUUUCGAGGCCACCGGAUUAGAUCUCAUUGUCAUGCCGGGCAUGGCCUUUGAUCAAGGAUUCCGUCGAUUGGGUCAUGGGAAAGGGUAUUAUGAUCAUUUUCUAACACGGUAUUCUAAAUGGAGCAACAAGAUGCCAUUCCUCGUUGCCCUGUCUCUCCAGGAGCAGUUGCUCGCCGAGGAAAUUCCCGUCGUGGAUCAUGACUGGUUUAUCGAUGCGGUCGUGGUGGGUGAUGGGCGGUAUCUGGACCGCAGGUCGUAA